AUGGGGAAGCUUCAAGAAUUUGACAUUACUUUCGCCAACAAUAAGGUGGUUUACAGUCCGGGAGAGUCCAUCGGCGGAACUGUGAAAAUACGGCUGAGCAACUCGCUGCAAUACAAAGCCAUCAAAGUGAACUGUCAGGGCUCAUGUGGAAUCUCCAGCAAACUUAACGACACGUCAUGGACUAUUGAGGAGCAGUACUUCAACAGCACGUUGUCUGUUGCUGACAAAGGUACUUUGGCAGCAGGCGAACACAAUUUCCCUUUCCAAUUUCUUAUCCCAGCCGCAGUACCAACUUCUUUUGAAGGACCGUUUGGAAAGAUUACAUACCGUGUAAAAGCUGCCAUUGACACACCUCGCUUUACCAAGGACUACAAAGCCCAGAGGCCCUUCUACCUUCUCAACCUGCUCAACCUUAAUGAGGUGCCCGACAUUGAUCUCAUGAACUACGCUGUGACCACUAAGAAAUUUAACUACCUCCUGGUGAAAUCCGGGACCCUAAUGCUGAAAGCUCGCAGUGACCUCAGGGGCUACAUCCCAGGUCAGGUCAUCAAGCUAGCCACUGAGAUCCACAACAAGUCUGGAAAAGACACAGGAUGUGUACUGGCAAGUCUCAUACAGAAAGUGACUUAUAAGACCAAGCGACAAAUGUUUGACCUCCGAACCAUUGCAGAAGUAGAGGGAGCCGGAGUGAAGGCAGGAAAACACGCUGAGUGGAGAGAACAGAUCAUUGUACCACCUCUUCCUCAGUCAGCUCUAACAGGUUGCAGCCUCAUAGAUAUUGACUAUUUCAUUCAGGUUUCACUAAAAUCUCCAGAAGCAGUUGUCACUCUGCCCAUCUACAUCGGGAACAUUGCCAUCAACCUAUCUCCAGCAGGGACUGUACCUUCCACUCCAGAUCACUGCGAUAUGGCAAUUGCACCCAAUGUAGCUGGGGUAACACCUAGCGCUCCUCCAGUUGAGGACGAUGAACAGCUGUAUGCAGUUGGCGCAGCCAGCGAGGAGAUCCCCACGAAGAGUCAUUCACAGCAAGAUUCCUCUGGUCAGCCUGUAACUAUGUCCCCGAGCGCUUUUAGCCACGCUCCCAGUGCAGUGCUGCCUCCUGGCCGCAGACAGCACAACAUUUCCGCCCCCUUGUUCUGUGUGUCAACCGGGGCCACCAUACCUUUCUUUACUGAGGGAGACCCCACGCCUGUGCCAACUUCUUGUUCUCUUAUCUUGCCUCCAGAGUACAGUAGCUGGGACUAUCCUCAUGAGCCUCCACCCACUUAUGAAGAAAGCUGCAGCAACACAAACUUCAGUUUAGACAGUGGACAAUAA